UGCGCAAAUCGUUUGGCCUAUAUAGGUCCAUCCAUUAGCACUUAACAAGCAGAAAUCAGCUGAAGUCCAACUCCAUAUCCAUAACAAGUAGAGUUAACAGUAUAAGUAAUUGCAUAAUUGUAUUUGUAUGAUUGUAUCUCCGCUCUGCUGCAAAACAGGAAAUUCAAAAAAAUCUACUUAAUGGUUGUUGUUGAUAAUGAAAACCUAGAGUUAGAGACAAAGAGAGAGAUCGAUGAUGUCACAGUCACACAAACAUCUAGAUUCACGCCACUCUAUUGGUUCCUGCACCUUUCAGCUCCACAACUGGAGACCCUUUCAUCUCCACAACACUAACACUCUUGACUCCGAUUCUUCUAAACCCUACUCUUCCUCCAAUGGCGUCUACAGUAAACGUCCUUGUCUCUCCGAUCGUGCCACCUCCUUCUCCAUCAUCGACGCCAUUGACAUGUCCAAACUCUCCCUCAUCGAUGACGAUAAACCUAUCACCGCUGCACCUUACAAGAGACCCACUCUUCGAUUAGUCCACAGAAAAAGACGCCGCCGCGGCUCCAGGUCUGUCUCUGGUAGGAGUAGCGACCGUAGCGGGACUCGCCGAUGCUGCUCUGUGGGAGCCUCUGCGGCCUACGGUACGUGCUCGGAUUUUCCUGUUGCCGUGGGCACGGAUUCAAGCGGCGAACUUUUUGUGAACGGGGAGGCAAAUUGGGCGUCGGAUGUAAGUGAAGCCAAGAAUUCAAGGAGGGAUAGAGAUCAUGGAAGUGGAGAGAAGGAGAAUUUGGGAGUUGGUUUUGGUCAAUUUGGGGGUUUAGAUGCUCCGGGAAAUGAAUCCGGGUAUGGGAGUGAACCCGGUUAUCGUGGGGAUGCGGAGUUCGGAUAUGGCGAUGAGUUUGAUGAGGAAGAGGAUGAGGGCAGGUUGUUAUUUUGGGGAGAGCAUUUGGGAGAUUCAAAAAUGGAGAUGGUUGGGGAGAACACAUUCUCUGAUAAAAAAUCGCAUCUCAGAUGUCGCCGUAAGAAACAUGACUGUAGAAUGGUUGAUUUGCUGAAGUAAUCAAUCUUUUCAGCAAAUAUUCACAAUAUAAAUCAUCUUUGCGACCCUGUGUUGUCUUAUUCUUUUCUACAUUUUGUAAGAUUAGCAGUUCUAUCCUGAAGCCAUCAUGAAUUGUAAAAUGUUUGAAUAGAAAACUGUAUUUUCCUAUGUUAUGUUAAUGACUGAAGAGCUGUAAUUUUCUAGUUGAGUUCUUGACCGACAAUUAGCUGCUUAUGGUAAUUUUUUAAUUAUUCAAAA